AAUGCGGUUGGUAUGGCAAUCAUGCCCGUUUUUUUCAAUAGUACAUACAUGAUUUCUUUGAUUUGUUGAUUUGUCAAAUAAUGUAUUUAGUGUAUUAAAAGUAACAAAGUUAAGAAAAAGAUAUGACCUAGAACCAUUUCGUUGAACAGGGACGCGCUAAAUAUAUCACCAUUAGAUGGUGCUGGUAGUCCUACCUUGAAACAGUUGUGUUAUCAAAAUCGAAGAAAUGAAAUACUAUGGAGAAAGACCUGCGCUUGACUGCAGUUAGCCCGUGGUCUCAAUUAUAAAUUAUAACGACCCCACGGAAUCAAAAUGUUAAUUCGGGCGAUCGUUCACGGUACUGUGCACGAAGAAAAAGGGGCCAAAUUCAAGUUCCCAUUUCCGGUUCCUUACUUCCUUCCGAGAGGGCACUUAUUGCUUCUUCAAAAAUUCUUUCAGAUGAACAAUCCGCCAUGACUGUUGUCCAUCUACUGCUGCCGAGGAUAUCUCGAGACGAGAUGAAGCAACAAGAAUACUACUUGGAUAAUGGGUAGUUGAUAUAAUACGAUAUAAUGGGAGCAUAGGAUACGGUGGGUGUAGGCGAGGCGUUAUUUAUGUAUGGGAAACGAUCGGUCUACAGGGAUCGUGGAAUCAACAGCUAUACUGAAUCUUUCGCAACCUUCCUUUUCCCGUUUCUAUUCAAUAUUAUUACUUUUACUUAACAGUUCGUCAAGAGGUUCAUUGGUCCAUGUUGAUUGAAAUCGUUCGAUGAUGAUUCGGGCGUAGCAACAAAAUCGUCACGAAGGCCGGCUGUCGCUGAAGCAGAUUGUAAGCACCUGUCCUACAGAAAAUAUCUACCGGUGGAUAUUUACGACGAAGGUGGCACGGCAGAAGGUUCGUCAGCUGCUACCGCAGCUGAGGUAACCGAUCGCCCUCGGACGAGAUGACGGCGAUAUAUAGAUCGAGGAGGAGUCCGCUUUCGAUCCGUGGACCGUGCGCGUUUCCCUCUCGAAUUUCUCGACCGGCUGUCUCGCGGUCCACAGAUUUUUCAAUCUGCCAAUGUUUUGCACCCUACAUAUUUUCUAUGGAUUAUAUUUCGCUCGUUAGCUGCUCGAAUUCCUGUCAUUCUCUUCUAGAUGGUAUACAGAAUUUGGCUUGAGAUAAAAAACCAUAUAAAUGUAUUUUAUAACCAGAUGAAAGUAAUGGAGCCUCAGCUACUAAUAGGACGCUUAUCAAACGUGUAAAUAGAUUCAAGGAGUGCUUUAUAAGUGUGCAUCAUUGAAUGCAUGCGAUGUAAACUUAUGGCGCGUGGCAGCUUCAAAUUUCCGAAACACCUCUUUAAAAAUCCAGAGUUUUUUGCGAAGUCGUGGAGCGUGCAGGACACUAGUGAAAAAAGAAGAGCAUGAAUAAUUAGACAGGAAUAAAAACGUUCAUCAAUCUUGAAAAAAUAUAGAUGAAAAUUGCAUCGGUCAAUGACCAUUUGAAAAUUCGAAACAACCAUUUUGAAUCAACGAUCCAGACUUCUUCUGCAUGGUCCUUUAAAGGAAUGGUAGGGAUGAACCACGUGACCGAGCGCGUGUUCGACAAUAACAGCUGCUGCACUGUUGCUCUUCCCUCAAUUCACGCUCAGCCUUCGUCGAAGCAAGGUGGUGUGUCCUGUCAACUCUUUCAGAGUUAGCUGAAACUUUAUCUGUUCAAAGAGGAACGGUACAGAGUUCAUCGACAUUGUGUCUUCAAAGUUUCGCACGACAUUGUACCGGUUAAUCACGAUUGGUAACAGUGCCGGUGAUCGUUUCGCGCUUUUCGAUCGAAUCGAAGAGGUCACGUGAGGGGAUCGCUUUGGUUCGUAAACCGUGUAAAUCGACUUUGAACCGUACCAUCGAUUCGUGAUCGAUGUGCACCUGCGAACGUUUACGUGGGAUGCUGUAAGCCGAAAGGAUCGAAGCGUCUACAUUCGCGUGAAAUAACGAAACAAGAUAAAAGGAGAAAUGUUUCCCGGACGAGGAUUAAUCGUCAUCGCCCUUGGCGUCUGCUGCAUAAUCGCUCUGCUUCAGGUGAUCGAAGCCAGGCCUCGCAUCAGGCACCAGAAAGGCGGCACUCAUUGCAGCAGAUGCGGUCCAGGAUGGGGCGUAGUGAACCGUUGUACCCGUGGCCGCGACACGGAGUGCGGAAAAUGCGCACAAGGCACCUACAGCCCUCAUCACAGCACCCAACCCUGUUGGAUCUGCUCGAGGUGCGGUCCAGGACUGUACGAAGCGCAUCCCUGCACCUCGACCACCGACACCGUCUGCGAUUCCUGCCACAGACCAGCUCCGGAUAAUCCUGAUUAUCAGAGGAAGUGCAAGGACAGAACCAGCGUCUUCCUUGCGCCGGAAGACGCACAGGAGACCGGAGAGGAGAGUGUCUUGGUAAACGAUCCCGAUGGCCAAGAUCAAUUGAACGAUGGGGAAGAAGUACUGGAGAAUGAUGCGGAAGCAGAGGCUAUGUCCAAGGAGCUCAGGUCACUGGAAAGGUUUUAAGAUGGAUGAUGAUUCUUCUUCGUUGCUCGUAAGGUUCCUAGAAUUUUACGAGCGAUUCCCUCGAGAUUCUUGGAAGUUGAAUCGAGAAGUUGAAGAAUUCAUAGGACAGGAUACGAAGGUGGAUCUCUGGAGAUUUCUCCGCUUCGAAUUGGGGAACUUGGAAUUAUCGAGCUCGUGAAAAUUCAUUGAAUUUGAAAGCAAACGUGUCACUGAAUGUUGAAAAUCUUCCUUGGUGUUUAUGGAAAUUGGAUCUUGAACUUCUUUUAGAUUUCAUGAAACUGGUAUUCUACUCCCUUUUCAAUAGUUUGAAAACAAUGGGUGACUGAAUAUUUCUUUCAGAAUAUAGGAUCUAAAGAUCUGUUCCCCUUUUCAAUAAUUAUCUAUGAGGAUCAUAAAUAGGCUGUUUUUGAUCUGAUGGUACAAUGAAAAUGUAGAGCGACAUGUUUUCAUUGAAGGCUUUGAAAUCUUUGUAAUUUAAAAAAACCGCUUAAACAAAUGGCGCCAUCUCCUGUUUGGUGCUAAAAAUGAGCUUUCGCCGAUAGAGGCGCUAAAAUUAGAUUGUUAGUUCUUCUCUUCAACACCAGGCGAUGCUUCAAUACAAUCGCGCCAGAAUAGAAUGAUUUGAAUCUAAAUCAUUAAUGCUAAUACGCAGCCUCGAUUUACGCUCUUGGUUGGUCCUCGUGUGCUGAGACCUUAGAUUUACAGGGCGUUUACAGAAAAGGGAGAAUUAUCUAUCAUGUAAGCAAAGAAUUCUGUUUCUUAAACACCCUGUAUUCUUUAUAAUUACUCGUCAACUCUGGUGCUCGUCCUGUCAAAACUAAUCGUUAAGUUGUUCUAUGCUAAGUUCGAACAAGGAUCGAUAAGCGUCCUUUGAUCCUCGAUUGCUAGUCACUUAGUUGCUAACUAGUCGAUAAGAUGUAAUAUACAAGCAGCAGUAUACUCGCGUGUUUUUCUGUAACUCGACUUCUGUAUUUAUAUAUAUGUAUAUCCAAAGAUCUCUUUGAUGAACUCUGGACAUCAAAUUCUUUUUAAAAAUGAAACAAAGAAAUUUUUCUCUCUUUCCAAAGAGAAUUUUGUUUAUCUGAUCGUGAAUGUCUGUGUCCAGAGACCUCCAUCAUUUCUCGUUACUCUCUUUCCCUAGAAAGUCGACACGUGCUUCAGUGUGCUCCUUGACUUCCUCGGUAAUCGGAAAUACUUACAUGGUUCUUAUGUAGACACGUUGCUAAUAAAAAUCGUGUGUAAAUACACUUCUGUAAAUAUAGAAACGAUAACAAUACGUUUUAGUUGCUGUCUGAAAAUUUUAAUCGUAUUAAAAGCUUCUUUCAUCCCUUGUCUAUGAUAUAUAAAUUGAUGAAAGUGAUUAUCCUGUUUUAUAUGUGCAAAAUGUGCCAAGAUACAUUUAAAUAUGAUCUAUGUUCGCACAAACGAUCAUACGCAUGCGCACGCGCAUGCGCGCAAGUUUUCCCAUUCCUACAUAAGUAGCGCGCACGAUAAUCACCAGUAUGCCACUUGACGCGGAGGUGACAACAGGUGUAUAGGUGUCACAGCGUUUGUUAUGCAAAUCAGGUAUGUAAACUUUCCUCGUUAAUAACAGACAGUAACACGUAUAGAUCUCGAUCACGGAUGGAAAUUCACCAAAGCACCAUUGUACUUUCUAUCCGUUUUAUUUAUUUACGUAAUUGUUUAAUCGGUCGAUGAACGGUAGCCGCAAGAGACGUCUACUAAAGACACAAUAAAGUACAGAUAUAUAAUAAUCUAUAUAUAAGUUCAUUUUUUUUUUUUAUUACAUUUCCUUCCUUAUUAUAUUACGUCCACGCUCGAAAACGAUAGAAAGAAUUACACGUUUCUUCGAUGCACAAACACGUUCGCGUUGCUACAAUCUCGAAACUAUCUAUUGUCGCGUCUUUUAUAGAAGUAUAAUAUGUAUAUUUCGCAUCAGGUAUUGCGUGAUUUAUCAGGUAUUAUCGAUAUCGUUCCGAGUUAUUAUGCACGGUGCGCUACGAUACAAACAGUAAUAAUAUUAUCGAAGAAAAAUAUAAGCGAAUAGUUUUGAGAUGUUUAUAUGAGUUAUGUUGUAUACAUGUACAUAUAUGUGUAUAUGGAGUUCGAUGAUAGCUUUAUUCUUUUAACAUGAUUUGAUUCUCGAUUUAGUUCAUGAACGAUAGUUUGAAAUCAAAGAUAAAGGAGAAACUAAUAAUGUCAGUCGAUAAUUAAUAGUUUCACGAUGAUGCCGAAGUUUGGAAAUUUAACGCUUUCACUGUUACCGUAUAAUUCUCAUCUUUUUAACUACAUAGUUAAAAAUUUUAGAAAAAUUAUCAUUACUCCUUAUUAUACAUAUUUUUGUUUAAUCAAGCACAGAUAAUUGAAGAAAAUCAAUAUAAACUUUCACUGAUUUUGAUGAAUUAGUAGCAGUGAAAUCGUUCGUGCCGUAAUUUAAUGAUACGAGUAAAGCUACCAGGUUCUAAAUAAGUUCUCGUAUGAGUCGACCAUCGUUAGAUCGAUGAACAUCGAUAAUAUAUACGCUUUAUAAAUCAUUUGAAACAACGUCGUUAUAUUUUUCUAUCGUAAAACCUAUCUAUAAAAAUAAGUCACUGUAAAGUAUGCCACAAUGAGAUAAAUGCAAAUAAAACGAUCCUCGCAUAUUAUAUCGAUUCAACUAUUAUUAAUUAUUCUCUAGCAAUUAAGACAACCUCAGCUAUAUGUCCUCUAAUAUCUUCUAAGGAACUUUAAGAGUACAUAUAAAACGUGUUCACUGUUUAUCUACUGUCUGUUCCAUGGGGAUGAUUUUCACUGUGCUAUUACGAAGCAACUUGUUAAUGUCAUUUGCGAACGUAACAUACACGCUUUCUUAUACAACAAGCAAAAAUCUUCUUUCUAUUGCUACCUUGACAUCACCGAAUAAUUAGUUAGGGCUUCGCUUUGAUAAAAACUUGCAAAAAGGAGAAUGAAAACAGUCCUAUUAGUUAUUGGAAAAAUAUCGUAACGCGGAACCACGUGUUCCAGGACGUGCUCGAAGUUAGGCAUAAAUAUACGUAUAAUAUUAAGAUGAAUAAGGGGCCUCCUUCCCCUGCAUCGUCUUUCCCCUUGGAAAGGCUAGCGUGCUCGACGCUUUUUUACAGUCCUACGAUUUCUUCUUUUCAUUGACAUAUAGUGUGGACCCCGUGUAAAUUUCCAUACUUUCAAAUAGAAGCAGCAACUGUUUUUCUUAUCUUUUUUUUUUUCAUUUCUUUUUGGCACGAUGCUCGGAUAUUGAACAACCAAGUAUUUAAGUCUAUAGAAAUGUGUACGUAAAUGACAAGAGGAAAAUGUAACGAUUUCGAUUGUCGCCUACUCCAGAGUUGAAUUACUCGAACAACAAUUUUUCGCUUUUUUGGUCUUAUUGUUCGUUGUAUAUUAUUAAGCAACCAGUGUUUAUCAUAUAAUUAUUGUUCCUUUUUAAAUGGACGAAGUUUAAAGUGCCAAGAAUUUAAUUUGAUACCUUCCAAAUUGCAAUUCGAGUUAAAUGUAUAAUUGAGAAAGUUUAUUUUUUAAAUUUCUUCCAUUGGCAGAUAAAUGAAGUUUUCAACUCAGGCGUUCACGACGAAUUAACAUGAAUCUGAAUCGAAUACAUAAUCGAGGGCACACUUUGUACGAAGUUAUAUGUAUGUAUGUAUGUAUAGUUUAAUAAUAUAAAUCAAUAGCAUUUUACAAACGUACAUGUACGUGGAGGCUAAACGAUACAAACAAUGUUCGCAGAAAAGUCGCAAAAUAAACGUAAUCGUAUAAUAUUUCAAAGCUUUCUUCGCGUAAAGAUUAAAUGUAGAAAUUUCGUUUGUAAACUCUUCUAUUUUUCUGAUCUACAACCGAAUAAAAUAUCCUAGUAAACACGCGAACGCCCUCAGUGUUUAUGCUUUGUGCCGCGAAUGUAAAUGUUAGAUUUGUGUGACCUAAACGGAGGCAAACGAGGAACUUACUACGACUUUCGAUGGCUCAGCGAAUUUAUUCAAUAGUUUUGAACACUUUUAUUUUAUUAUCUUCUUUGCUUUGAAUAAGAAAAUAAUGUAAUUAUUAGAAAUUUUAAAGAAGCUUAGACAUUUUAUAACUAUGCAGCAAAUUCUUUUUCAAUAAAUACGAUUAUAGAACGUGUCACAGCCAUAAACGAUCCGCACGGUCCAUAUUCCAGUCUUACAAUUGUUUGAAUGUAUAUUCUACGUUAAUAAACAUAGAUUCAAAGAUUAUUUUUUAUUGCAAUUGUAAAUUCUUGAAAAUUUCUUACUAUUCGAAAUACUUUAAAUAUAUCAAAAUUACUUCGCUGAGACAUCGAAUUUUAUUACGCUAUCGGUUAUUAAUAAGAUGAGCGAAGGGCAAUUAAAAAUUAGAAAAAAGAAAAACAAUGAGAUCAACACUGCACAUCCAUACGAAUUGCGACUCUAAAUGAAGUUUGCAAUAAACAAUAAACGUUAGCAACUUCAUAGUUCGUUUGCCAACGAUUGCAAACAUCUCUAACAGAGUUCGCUAGAGUCGUAUUCUUAUUAAUUAGUCGAAUUCCUACAUUUCAAUCUAUACACGGAAAUAAGAAAGCAACGAGACUGACAAAGAUUUUUAUUAGAGCUGUUGAAAUAUUCAAAUUGAAAAAAGUUACCCGCCUAUUCGUGAGGUAGUCGAGGACAUUCGGGCAUUUCCGUUCAUUCUCGAUGUUAGUCGGAGACGACCGAAGGACUAUCAACUUUUAAACUGCGAGAGUCUGUGCUUCACCUCAUUUAUUUGGAUUUCUUCUGAACAAUCAGGUAAUUUUUAUCUAUUUAAUUCAAAUCAAUAGCCCUAAUUUUUAUCGGAAUAAAUCUCUGCAGCGUUGUAACAAAUGUGUUUCAUUUGUAAUGUCACGAUUGCCAUUCAAUCAGGACACCGCGACAUAUAGUCUAACAAUUGUGUGUCGCCAUACACAUUUCUUUCUCGAUAAUUCGUAUUAUAUAUAUUUAUAUUUAUAUGAAUUAUAUAUACUUUAUUUAUAUUUGUAUAUAUGCAUCCGCGCGCGCGUGUAUAUGUAUAUACGAGUCGUUUGAAGGUAAGUCUAAUCGGAUGAACAAAUAUGGUUCACACAUUCGUAGUGAUAAACAUACAGACACGUAUGAAAGUAGUGGAAUUAAUCACGAACCCCAUUUAUCGUUUGGAAACAUAAAUCAUUUCAAUAAAUCCAUGACUGGGCGAUUGUUUCUGAGAGCUUUUGCUCAAUUAUGUUAAUUACACUUAUAUUUUAUUUAUUCAUUUGUGAAAUGAUCAGUGGUGUAUAAAAGAAUAAUAAAUAUAAAAAUAAUAAAGAACAAUUAUUAUAUAAUAGUAUACUUUCAGCGUGUUCUGUGUCUAAAUAAAGCAUAAAAAAAUAAAUAAUUUGCAAGAAUCAGUAACAUGUUCUUUGAACUGAAAUUUUUAGCACCAAUUUAUAGAGUUAAGAUCCUUAUAACAUACUAUCUUUUAAGCUUUAAAAUUUCACUUACAAAGAACAAGUCGAUAACACUAAAAAUAUUUAAACGAAACAAAAAUAGACAUGCUAAGUUUUCCAUUCAUGCUGUGGUGAAUGAUACACGAUGAAAGGAAUUACGGGGGGGAAUAAGAAGAAAAGUUUUGAAUAUAAAUUUAUACUAUACGAACAUAAAAAAACAAAAAAUAUACAUACAUCUCGUGUUCGCAUGAUAAAGAAAUUAUAAAUGAAAGAACUGCAGGAGAGAAAAAAAAUUCAAACGAUAUUACAGAUCGUCGCGCCUACAAGUACUUGAUUCUGUGUCUCUUCUGCAAUGAUUUCUUAUCGGUACAUUUUAAUCAAUGGAUUUCUUAUGUACAAUUCAAUUAGAGAUUUACAAUUUCCACGUAACAGUGUUAUAAUCGUGAAGCGUGAUAUCGUCUUAAGAUGUCGCUCAGAGCUGCUCCUUUUUUUUUUUUUCUCUUCUUUAACACUUACGACGAAACAUAUAAUUAAUCUCCAACGCAUUCGUGAACAUCAUCUGUACAAGAUAUACUACUGAAUAUACAUCUCACACAAGACUCGUUAAAGACGAUUAGAAAAAUUCUUCUAAUGAUUUCUUACGUUUUUUUUUUUUUUUGCUUGUUUACCUCUCACUGAACUUAAUCGCUCCUCUCAUGCGAGUCAAUGAACAUUAACCAGCCAUGGAUUUUAUACACCAACGUCCGAGGUAAAGAAUAUCCAGGAUCAGAAGGGUAGAAUAAGCGGAAUGGCGGGUAAGGGAUCGGGAACCAGGAGCGAUCAUAUCGAAUCUACUAAUUACAAGAGGAAUUUUGAGCUCCGUUAAAUACAAGGAAAUUCUACGAUAAACAACUAAUAUCAUACAACUACUGUCAUCGUGCCCAAAUCUACUCUCGCUCACGUAACAAUGAUAAUAAUCUCAAAAACGAAAUCGGUACGAACAAAAAUUCGUACAUACAAAAAUUAGCUAGAUGGCAUACAGAUGGGAACGUGCCACGAGUAUGUGAAUGUAUGGGCAGAUAACAAGGAAUUACUAUAAAAAAAAAUCGAAAAUAUUUGGUAGACAAAAAAUAAUUGAUUAUAAAAUGGUUCGUAAAAAAAUGUACAUUAGUAAUGUUGCGGUAACUCGAAUGUCCUUUUACAGAUACUCGUGGCAAACAGCUAUACGUCAUUGGUUUAGUUACGAAUCAUAAUUUUUACUAAAGACACAUAUUUAAAAAAAAAAAAA